CACCCGCCCCGCAGCCAACUUGGGGCCGAAACUUGCCUGGGGUCCCGCGCUCUAAAAAGGAGUGCGUAGCCCAGCGACUGCCGACGGCAGCCAGCCGACCCAGGAGCCCAGGGCCUAGCGCGCCCCUCUUAGUCGGCCUCGGGCCCCGCACCCCUGAAUUCCUCCACUGGCUGAGCUCGGGGGUCUCCAGCGAAGAGCAGGGAGCCGUCCGGGGGUCAGGAAGCAGCGCGGAUUCCGAAGCCCGGGACUCCCCGGGCCGGGCGCAGCGGGCCCCGCGGAGGCUGCCUCAGCAUCUGGGGGCCGAGAGACGCCUCGGUGGGACCCCCGGAGCGGGGCGCGCCCGUCUGCGCCGCCAACCCUGCGCCCUAGCAGCGGAUGCAGAGUCCGGUGCAGCACGCGGAGCAGCCCGCGCUCUGAGAGGAGCGGGCAGGGUCUGCCUUGGGCCCCACCGGCCGGGGAGGGUCCCCACAUCGCCCCCCAGGCUCCCGCGGGCCGUGCCUCCGCGCGCGGCGGCGCCCGGCCGAGUUCAGCGCAUCCAGGCACUUGCAGAGCCUGGCGGAGGAGAGCGGCGAGCCGGCGUCCGCGGGGCCUGACAAGCGGCGGGACAUGCAGGGAGCCCCAUCUUGGAAGCUGUCGGUCCCCAGGGUCUUCCCAGGGCACUGGAGAGGGGUGAGGCCAACGAUGCCUGGCCUGCUGCUGCUCUUCACAGCUGCUCUGCUGUCCAGCUGGGCGCAGCUUCUUGCAGAAGCCAACUCCUGGUGGUCACUAGCUAUGAACCCGGUGCAGAGACCCGAGAUGUUCAUCAUUGGUGCCCAGCCUGUGUGUAGCCAGCUUCCUGGACUCUCCCCUGGCCAGAGAAAACUGUGCCAAUUAUACCAGGAGCACAUGGCCUACAUAGGGGAGGGAGCCAAGACAGGCAUCAAGGAGUGCCAGUACCAGUUUCGGCAGAGGCGGUGGAACUGCAGCACCGUGGACAACACUUCCGUGUUUGGGAGAGUCAUGCAAAUAGGUAGCCGAGAGACUGCCUUCACCUAUGCAGUGAGUGCUGCGGGGGUGGUCAAUGCUAUCAGUCGGGCUUGCCGCGAGGGGGAGCUUUCUACCUGCGGCUGCAGCCGGACAACGCGGCCCAAGGACCUUCCCCGGGACUGGCUGUGGGGUGGCUGUGGGGACAAUGUGGAGUACGGCUACCGCUUUGCUAAGGAGUUUGUGGACGCCCGGGAGCGGGAGAAGAACUUUGCCAAGGGAUCAGAGGAGCAAGGACGAGUGCUCAUGAACCUGCAGAACAAUGAGGCGGGCCGGAGGGCUGUGUAUAAGAUGGCAGAUGUAGCCUGCAAAUGCCAUGGCGUUUCAGGGUCCUGCAGCCUCAAGACCUGCUGGCUCCAGCUGGCCGAGUUCCGCAAGGUGGGGGACCAGCUGAAGGAGAAGUAUGACAGCGCCGCCGCCAUGCGCAUCACGCGCAAAGGCAAGUUGGAGCUGGUCAACAGCCGUUUCAACCAGCCCACCCCAGAGGACCUGGUGUACGUGGAUCCCAGCCCUGACUAUUGCCUGCGCAAUGAGACCACAGGCUCCCUGGGCACCCAGGGCCGCCUCUGCAACAAGACCUCGGAGGGCAUGGAUGGCUGUGAGCUCAUGUGCUGUGGCCGGGGCUACGACCAGUUCAAGAUUGUCCAGGUGGAGCGCUGCCACUGCAGAUUCCACUGGUGCUGCUUUGUCAAGUGCAAAAAGUGCACCAAGAUCGUAGACCAGUAUGUCUGUAAAUAGCCAGAGAAGGCCUCUCUCUUCUGGCCCUCUCCUCCACUCUGCCUCACAAAAGUCUAUAUUAUAUAAAUCUAUAUAAAUAUAUUUUAUAUUUGUAUAAAUAAAUAGAUGGAUGAUAAAUAAUUAAAAGAAGAAAACAGAAAGGAAAAGCUUAUUUAAGAGACGCUGGAGAUCUUUGAGGACUGGACUUUGCUGGUUCUCGACUCCCAGUGGGUGGGAGGAAGGGGUUCUUUCUCUCCCUCUGGUGGAGACGCUCAGGUUGUAAGGACUUGGAAAUAUUUACUGUCUACCCACCAAUGCCUUGAGGAGAGAGGUGGUGGUUAGAUGGAGAAAUGAUUUUGUCUGGAAGUCUGAAGUCUUUGGUGGGUAUGUGACUGCUCCAUGAUCCCAGGCAUUAGGUCAAGAGGCCCCAUGGAAGGUGGCAGAAAUUCACUUUGGACCUUGAUGUCUUCAGGGUCUUGCCCAGAAUACCAAUUGGUUCAGUAAGAGGCCUGGUGCUUUCUUACCUGUUCACUUGUGUACAUAUCUGCAGAAUCCACAGUGACAGCAACAGCUCCUUUCCCAAAAUGAGGAGCGGUCUGGUGUCGUCUCUGACCAGGUGGCCACACCUGAGGAUCCACACCUCCCUGGACUUCCAGGCCUGUCUUUCCAGCAAGAAGUCUUCUUCCUCCACACUUCACUAGCUCCUGCCACAAGUUCCCUGCACCAAGGGGCAAGGGGUUCAUUUGACCUGAUGUUUUAGAAAGGACAUGGACUGAAUAUUUGUGCCUGGGCUGUGGAAAUCCAGGUGCAUAACUGAACUGAGUGAACGUUGCACUGUCCUCCCACACAGGGAGAGGAAACUUGUGAUGCUGCUGCUGUCACUUCCUCCUUCAAGGGAAGCCUCAUGAACCAACAGGAUCCAUUGAUAGGUCAGGUGCAGCUGGCCUGGCUCGGUCUCUUCAUCUCUGGCCCAGAUGUACAGUUUCUCUGUGACAUUAAAUACCCUUCAUUGAGGCUUCUCUCCUUGUCCUUAUUUGGACACAUGAUUAUCUUUCAUGAGUCUCCUUUUAUUUUUUAUCUGACCCUUAGGACCCUGCUACAUGGUACAUGUAUGGAAGAGAAUAAGGAAAUUGAGAUGUUUUAGAGUUCUAGUCUGGUGAUUAGAGAGAGGGAUAGGAGAAUAUUGUGCAAAUUAAGUAAAACAAUACAUUUAAGCCCUCUCCCCAAGGUCUGGCACAAAGUUAAAUAAUAAGUGGGUGGUGCAAAUGGUUAAGUGCUCAACCACUAGCCAAAUGGUUGGCGGUUUGAACCCACCCAGAGGCGCCUCAGAAGACAGGCCUGGUGAUCUGCUUGUGAAAGGGCACAGCCCUGUAAACCCCAUGGAACUGUUCUAUUCUGCACACAUGGGGUCACCAAGAAUUGGAAUCGACUCAACAACAAAAAAAAUCAGAGAUUAAGUUUAAAUCCCACUUUAUCUCCUUUUCUUCCCUUCUUCCUUCAUUUUACAGCUACCAAGUUAACCCUGGUGUGCUUCCUUGGUCCUUGGUAAAGCACAGGCAGUGGGAUGCCCUCUGCAAGCCUCUCCACAUCUGGAGCCCGGUAUCUGAGGCUGGCAGAGAGAGUAGGCCAAGCUCAGAGAGGGAGUAGAGAUGUUACUAUCCUAGAAAGGGAGGGGGGAGAUUGGGAGAGGGAGGCAUUGAGCCAGGCUGCACUGGGUGACAGGCCUGCAGGUGAGCCAGGCACCACAUACAGAUACGAGUUCUGUUCUGGGAAAGCUUAUUUCUGGGGGAAAUAACGGAAUUACAGAAUUAACUUGGAUUAUAACAAGCAAAUGAUACUGCAAAAUGAUCUAAAAGAGAUUCUGCCUGAGGGUGUCUGUGGUCAUACAUACUACUGGUAUCUUUAGUACCUAAAGAGGAACCUUCUGACUCAACAUCAAAGAACAUCAGACCCAGGGUUAUUUUACUGGCAACUGUUAUUCACAUUGUCACCCACAUUCCUUUGGUCAACAUUUUUAAGAUGCCUGGUGCAGGUUGUAGCCAUGGAUGAAAAUGAUUGAAGCCAGUUGACCUACAAAUCAAAACCUUGUCUUUUGCUUAGUUGGCAUUUAACCAAAUAAGCUACAGAGGCAUGUGGAAGGAGGGUUAGAAGGGGCAUUUGCCCCUGGGUGCAAGUUCAAGGUGGUGCCAGGCAAUGCCAACAGGCUGGUGAAUUGCCACCCCCCACCCUAUUCUACCCCCUACCCCCCACCCAUCGACAUAGUUGGCUGGUGUGGGGGGGUGAGAGGUGGGGUGGGGGGUACAAACUUAGAGAUUGCCUCUGGGCACUAGUUACCCUCGCUGAGCCUCUGAUAAACUAACCAGUCACACAGAUCAGCCAUGAUAGUAAGUGUUUUGAAACACUACCUGGCAUCAUUGCUCUUUCCUAUGUCAUUGUUCUGGAAGCCCAGAGAGUUACCUUCUAUCAGGUGCUCAAAAUAUUUGAGAGCUAAUAUUCAAUUCCCCCUGAGAGACCUUGGGAAAUUAAUUGGGAGUGACUUGUCCACAAUCCCCAAAUCACUUCCAUAUUCAUGAAGGGAGAUGGAUAAUCCCUACUAUGUCAAGAUACUCCUUCGGAGUUAUGGCAAGGGGAGGGAGUAAAUACAUUUUUCUUCUGGCCUGGGGAAUAAGUCAUUUGUUCAAAUACCAAUGUGAUUGUUCCAUCCACUGACAAACCAGGCUCAGGAAAUAUUUCAUUUCCUUAGUUCAGUUUGUUUCCAUGGUUUUAAAAAUAGAUUGAGAUGGAUUUAAAGUUAUUGCCACAUCCUUAUUAAAUCCUGGGAGUUGUCUGUGAAGUGACAAGUAAUGCUGUAGGAAUGUGGUUGCAGACUAUGGAGACCAACCUACAAGAAAUAAGCUGCUGCUGCGAAUCAUAGGAAGUUAGAACAGGAAGGGAACGUGACAGUCAGAUCUCCAGCUCCUGGUUUUCCAGAUGAGGACCUCUAAAUCUUGAACAAAUGUAGAGUACUAGGCCUCUGAUGCAAGAAACUUUUACUCAGUUGCUUUGAGGUAGAGCCUGGGAUUAGCUGUACUUGUAACAAGGACCUGAGGGCAUUCUAUGCUGGUGGUCCAAGACUACACUUUGAGCAGAUGCAAAUCUAUAGGUCUGUAGUCAAUAAGAGCUAGCUCAAAAUCCACAGGGAGACAGGAAGCCAGUUCCUGACUCCCAGCCCAGUGCUCUUGGCAGCGCUGUGCAGGAUUUCCUAGUAUCUACAAUUUAUUAUAAUCAACAUGUCAUCCUGGAAAGAUCAAUGCAUUGGGUGUAAUGCCUGGACCAAGCAGUCCUAGCCAUCCCAGGGAAACUUUCUGAUGAGGUGGAAAAGGACAUUCUGGCAUAGAGCAAAACUGAUUUGCCCAAGGAGGUGCCACUUCCUCCAUCUGUAGGGACAUACCUGUAGGUUCAAUCCCUACAUGAAUAUGAAACACCAGCUGCCAUCUGAGUUGAUUCCAACUCAUGAUGGCCCCAUGGGUGUCAGAGUAGAACUGUGCUCCAUAGGGUUUUCAAUGGAUGAUUUUUUGGAAGUAGAUUGCCAGGCCCUUCAGAGAUGCCUCUGGGUGGAUUUGAACCUCCAACCUUUCAGUUAGCAGCCAAGCGCGUUAACUGCAUCACCCAGAGACUCCGUAGUAAGGCUAUAUUUGCUUAGCUAUUUGCAUACAUCCACCUUGUUUUCAAGAUAAAAUUAGGGGGAAGGUUUGCCUGACAUUCUCCGUUGAGAAGACAGGAUGGACAACUAGCAGAUGGCAGGGUAAGAAAGUACUCAUUCACAGCCGGGGUUACCAUUAGGGUAGGCCUACAUUCAUAAAAGCAUCCUGAGCAAAGUCUCUCAAGAAUUUGGUUUCUGAGCCCUAAUUUGGAGAGCUCAUUUAGUUCUUCUCAAGGGGCCCUGGUGGCGCAGUGGUUAAGCGCUUGGCUGCUAACCGAAAGGUCAGUGGUUCAAAUUCAUCAGCCUCUCAGUGGGAGAAAGAUGCUACAGUUGGCUUCCAUAAACAUUUACAGCCCUGGAAGCCCUAUAGGGCACGUCUACCCUGUCCAUAUGGUAGCUAUGAGUCGGAAUUGACCUGACUGGCAAUGGUAUUUAGUUGUCAUAUACUCUCUGUUCUUUGAGGUGAGAAAAAAAAAACUUGCUUCUUGUGUGUUAAAACCCCAGACUGGUUGUUGUCUUUGAAAUUCUGCCCUGCUUCUUCUCUGUAAUCAUUAGUAUCUUAUUUAAGCUUUGUCAUCCCAUGGAUUUCUAGGAGCUAGCAAGACAUCCUGUGGCUGAGAUUGCCCCACAAGAUAGAAACCGUCCAGCUGCAGUAGCUUAUCAAGAAAUAAGCCCUAUUUUUUGGGCAGAGAGCCACACCGCCCCAAGAGGGUGGAAAAAUAGCUGUUUCCAUCUUAAAACGGGCUCUGAUACAUUGCCAGACACCGCUGACACUGGUCAUAUGUAUUUUGAAAGAAUCUCAGUGUAUGUGAGCAUGUGUGUGUGUGCGUUGCGCUCAUACACGCCCAUGCACAUAGAAGUGGAUGUUUUCCAUUAAUUUGGGGUGUGGGGAGGUGGGGAGACACAUGAGGCAUGGAAUAUGUAACAAAUUAAAAAUAACUUACCACUUCUGGCUGAGAUGUUGCAGAACAUGGGUUGUCUAGCUUUAUUUGGAAUCCCUGUCUUUUGAUUGGCUAGUGAUGACAAGCUUCAUGUCUCUGGAAGGAACGUUGAGAAGGACCAUGUGAGCCAUGGUUGCUAAGUUAUUGUUAUAUAAGAAUCUCUGUGUUGUAGUUAUACUAAAAUAAUAAGUAAAAAAAAAAAAGGAUGCUUUAAUUCCUGGUUUUACAUAAACACUGUGGACACAUAUAUGGUUUACCCGUAUUUGCCCAGUGUAAGAAAGCGUUGGCCUAGAUAUGAGGAUGAGACAUUAGGCAUAUGGAAGGAGACUGAGUCUCCCACACAGUUAAUGUGCUAGAUGGGACCUCCAGCGUGUAAACUCUCCACAGCCCUUGUUCUCUCCCUCCUGCUGCCUGCCUUUUGGCCAGGCCUCUGCUCAUUUGCAGCUCUACCAGAGGCAGCAAGAGAAGAUAAAACUGAAUCAGUUAAUUUAGGCUUUGUAAGUAGUUUUGAUAAAUAACUGGAUUGGAGAGGAGGUGGAUAAACUGAGAUUUGAAAAAUGAUCUGUGAAUUUAAUUUGUCACUUAUGUGUAUUAUCUACUACUCCCCAUGAUAACUGAAAACAGACUGAAAGCUGCUCAAAGCCAAAGCGGUAGGAGACUGCAGUAUCCAGAGAGUAGAAGCAAAGAUUCCUAUCACUCGAGAGCAAAAGAGGGUCUGCUCAAGUGUGGACAACAAGCGGCCUAUCAGCAGAAUAUCAGAAGGGGGCUUCAGCAGUAGCACCAAGAAAAGCUGUGAAAGAAGAGACACUGUAGAACGGGUGACCCCUUUUAAUACAAUUUCAUUUUAAAGCCAAAAGGAAUGUGUAUGGUUUUAAGCCUCACCCUGUGGUAAGUUUUCUAAGACUUGCGCUCUGUCUGUUGAGUCAACCAGCUCUUUGGCACCUGAUUUAACGUUGUCUUCUUCCAUAUGUUUACUUUAUCUCCAGUGACCUGAAAACCUAAGUUUCACAAAGGGAGGAUGUUUUAAAAAUUUUAUUUUGUUCCCUGCUAUGUCUCCCAGAACCUAAAACAGUAGCUAGAGAAAGCGGUCAGUAAAUAUUUGCUGUAUGAAUGAUAAUGAAUUAUAAUUCUCAAUGAACAUGAGGAAACUGAAGCACAAGGAGAUUUAAUUGCCCAGGCCUCUGUAUAGUUUGCUCUCUCAGGGUUCCAAGUAACAGAUCAGUUUGCAGCUAG